AUGGCAAAUGUUGUAUCAACCACAGCUGCAAGAUCUGGAGGGAUCUAUAGAACGGCCAUGCGCUAUGUGUCUGCAACAUGGCUAGACCCCUUAGAACUUCUACUAAGAUCAUGGGAACCAAGGUGCGAUGAGCUUCUGGGUUGCGAUGAGAUUCUGAGUUGUGAUGAGGUUCUGGGUUGCAAUAAAGUUCUGGGUUGCGAUGAAGUUGCGAUGAAGUUCUAUGUUGCGAUGAAGUUGGGUUACAAUGAGGUUCGAGGUUACAAUGAGGUUUUGGGUUGCGAUGAGGUUCUGGGUUGCGAUGAAUUUUUGGAUUGCAAUGAGGUUCUGGAUUGCGAUAAGCGUCGGUCCAUCAACUGUCCAGCAAAGCUAGAAGUCGCUACCGAAAUACAGGUCAUCUCCCCCAUCUUAGCAGAAGGGAAAGAUUCUGAAGCACCAAUCCUCCAUCCGAAGCAGCUGAUCUCUCCAUUCUCAGGCUAUACUACAGACAAGGUAUGCGCAGCAAAAGGCCCGAGACCGAGGUAUCCCAGAGUAUGGAAAUCCAGAAAGAGAAUAGGCACCAUAUCCAAGUCUCAGAACCUCGUUGAGUGUAUAAAGGGGUUGUCAAAUGUCAAAGAGGAAGUUUAUGGUGCUCUUGAUUCUUUUGUUGCUUGGGAGUUAGAGUUCCCUUUAAUUACAGUGAAGAAAGCAUUGAAGACCCUUGAGAAUGAAAACGAGUGGAAAAGGAUAAUUCAGGUGACCAAGUGGAUGUUAAACAAAGGUCAAGGAAGGACAAUGGGAAGCUAUUAUACACUGUUAAAUGCUUUAGCACAGGAUGGAAGACUUGAGGAAGCUGAGGAACUUUGGAUGAAAGUAUUCUCCGAAAAUCUGGAAAGUUUGCCUCGUAUUUUCUUUAACAAAAUGAUCUCAAUUUACUAUAGCAGGGGCAUGCAUGAGAAGAUGUUUGAGGUAUUUGCUGACAUGGAGGAGCUUGGUAUUCGUCCAAACAAUUCAAUUGUUUCUAUGAUGGGAAAUGUAUUCCAGAAGCUGGAAAUGAUGGACAAAUAUGAGAAGUUAAUGAAGAAGUAUCCGCCACAAACCUGGGAAUACCGAUAUGUUAGAGGCAAGCGUGUUAAGAUUCGGUUGAAAGAUAUUCAUGAAUUCAAUGAUCAGACUAACAAGGAUCAAGAUGAAUCAGACGACGAAAAGAAAAAGGAUCAAGACGACUUGGAUGAGGUAAGGAACAAGGAUCAUGAUGAACUAGAUGAAUAAACAAGAUUUUGUAUGCAUUUGAUAAGGAAGCUAACAAGGGUUUAAAUAAACCCGAUGAAGCAGCUCGAUUCAUUUUUUUCUUGAUGAGCCUAAGCUGGUUACAAUGUUACAUCCUUUAUCCUUGUAUUAUUUAUGGAAAAUUUUAGAGGAAUUUGUACAACAAAAA